AUGACCAAGGCUAAAAAAGCUGUAAGUUUACUUCAUGUUCAAUUGUUUGCUGUUUUAGACAUUGGUAUUAUGUGGAACUUAUUUAUUGUUUUGCAGGGAACGUCCGGAGCCGCCACUGCUUUCGUCAGUCGAAACAAAGCCCUCCGAAAGCUACAACUUUCUCUGAAGGACUUCCGGAGAUUAUGUAUUAUCAAAGGAAUUUACCCACGAGAGCCUUUGCACAGAAAGAAAGCUCAAGGUGGAUCCAACGAAAACCGUGUUCUUUACACUUUGAAAGACAUCAAAUACCUUCAAAAUGAACCGCUCAUCGACAAAUUCAGACAGGACAAGGUAUGAGGCUGUUAAGUUUAUAUUGUUCAUCAUGUUUAGGUGUUUAUGAGAAAGAUCAAAACAGCCAGAAGAAAGCGAGAACAAGAACGAGUGGAUAAGUUGCUGAACAAUCGACCGGAGUUUGAGCUCGACCAUAUUGUGCGAGAGCGUUAUCCCACAUUUACUUCGGCUAUCAGAGAUUUGGACGAUUGUUUGUGUUUGAUUGCUGCUUUUGCGGUCCUUCCACAAACAAGAGUUAUUCGAAAACAGUUGCUGGAUGAUUGUCGAAGGUUUCUUGCCGAAUUCUACCAUUAUAUCAUCGAAGCGCACGCUUUGACCAAGGUUUUUGUCAGUAUCAAGGGUAAGAUAAUAUUUUUUUGGGCCAAAAAGUUUUAUUAUUUCGAGUUUAGGUAUUUAUUAUCAAGCCUCGAUCUAUGGAGAGAAAGUCACUUGGCUGGUGGGUCAUGAACAACGCGCUGUUGGCCGUCUGAAGGAUCAAAAGGUUGAUCUGCCAGUGAUGACAACCUUUGUCCAAUUUUACACGACCAUGUUGAAAUUCGUCAACUUCCGUCUCUACAAGACUUUGGGACUUUAUUAUCCGCCAAAAAUGGCUUUCGAGGAGGAAAAUCAUUGUGAGUUUUUUCGCAUUUGCUUUGGUUUUUAGAGAGAAAAACAGGAUUCAUUGAGAAAUUUGCAGAUGAAGCUGAUGAAGUCAUCACGGACAAAGUUUACUCCAUCGCCAAGCCGAUUGUCAAGAAGGCAGAAGGAAAUGAGGAACCUCAAGCGGAGAUCGACACCUUCGACGCCGAAGAGACCUCUGAAGCCUUGGCUGAACGUCUUCGCGAAGCUGAGAAACUGAGAUCCCUGUUUGCCAAGAAUUACUUCUGGUUGUCCCGCGAGGUCCCCAAGGAGGCGUUGACGCUGGUUAUCCGAAACUCCGGAGGGCAUGUGUGCUGGGACGAUUGUCCAGCCAAGUUGUACGACGAAAACAGCCCAAUGAUCACUCAUGUUAUUGUAGACAGGCCUGUUACUAAGGUCGAUACCAGCAAGUAUGUUUUUCUAAAUUUUUAGGUGGUUUCGGUUAAUUUAUGUUAGAAUUGUGUUGUUGGUGAACAAAAUUUCUAUUGCAUUGGUCAUUGGCAUACUUUACAAAAAUUUUUUUCUGAUAUUCGACCUUUUUUAGGAAAUUCGUCCAACCUCAAUGGGUAUUUGACAGUUUCAAUGCCAGAAAGUUGUUGCCAGAACAGCGUUAUGCUCCAGGCGCCAAAUUACCGCCUCAUUUGAGUCCAUUCGUCGAAGAAAGAAUCGGAGAUUACAUUCCAAUUGAGAGAAUCGAGCAGCUCAAAGAGGAUGGAAAGGGUAAGAUUUUUUCCGAUUUUUGUUCUUGGUUUAGGUGAAGACUGGAUGCUUUAUGAUCUGGAUGGGUUUUAGAUGUCACUCAUCUCUUGGAGGACAUGAAUACUACCAUCAAUGUCCAAGCUCCGAAGAAGAAGCCAGUUGUCCAACCUAAAGUCCACGCCGUCAAUUUGGAAACUGGAGUAGAGGUGAAGAAGGGCCGAGUUCAUCGAGAAAACCCUCAGCAGAAGAUUAACGAAGAAGGUCACGACCUGAAGAUGCGUGAAAUGAUGAUUCCAAAACGAUUCAAACGCGCCUACAAGAAGAUCAAGCACGGCCAGAAGGAGAAGAAGAAGGAGGUCCGCAAAAUGCAUGCCAAACGUCAAACCGCUGAAUCUUAG